AGGCCCAACUAUUAAAAAGCCCAAGUAGAUUACCUAAGUGCUCAAAGGCUUACCCAAGAAGUUUCUUCUGCUUCCAAUUCUGUAAAUAUCUCCUUUUCGCGCCUUCGAAAACACUUCAAAAACCUCCCAUUUCCCUCUCUCUCUCUCUCUCUCUCUCUCUCUCACACACACACACACACACACACUGAUUCACGGGGUAGCGCCAUAGAUGGAGCAGCAGAAAAGGCAAAAGUUGCAGCAAGAACAACAGGAGGAAGUGGAAGAAGUUCACCAUGGCCCUAUUCCAGUCGAGCAACUUCAGGCAUCUGGGAUUGCUGCCGUUGACAUUAAAAAGCUCAAAGACGCAGGCUUGUGCACUGUGGAAUCUGUAGCAUAUUCUCCAAGGAAGGAGCUUCUGCUAAUAAAAGGAAUCAGUGACGCAAAAGUUGAUAAAAUAAUCGAAGCAGCUUCUAAAUUAGUGCCUUUGGGUUUCACGAGUGCUGGUCAAUUCCAUGCUCAGAGAGUUGAUAUAAUUCAAAUAACUUCUGGCUCGAAGGAACUUGAUAAAAUUUUAGAAGGAGGAAUCGAAACUGGGUCGAUAACCGAACUAUAUGGGGAGUUCCGCUCUGGAAAGACUCAACUAUGCCAUACACUCUGUGUCACUUGUCAACUUCCGUUAGACCAAGGUGGCGGUGAGGGAAAAGCAAUGUACAUUGAUGCCGAGGGAACAUUCAGACCACAAAGAUUACUACAGAUAGCAGACAGGUUUGGGUUGAACGGUCCUGAUGUGUUGGAGAAUGUGGCCUAUGCUCGAGCAUACAACACCGACCAUCAAUCCAGGCUUCUUCUAGAAGCUGCAUCCAUGAUGGUCGAAACCAGGUUUGCUCUGAUGAUAGUAGAUAGUGCUACAGCUCUAUACAGGACAGAUUUUUCGGGCAGAGGGGAAUUAUCGGCAAGGCAAAUGCAUCUCGCCAAGUUCUUGAGGAGCCUUCAGAAAUUAGCAGACGAGUUUGGGGUGGCUGUUGUAAUAACGAACCAAGUGGUUGCUCAAGUGGAUGGAUCCGCCAUGUUCGCUGGGCCUCAGUUCAAACCCAUUGGUGGAAAUAUUAUGGCGCAUGCUACUACUACUAGGCUGGCUAUGCGUAAAGGAAGAGGAGAGGAGCGAAUAUGCAAAGUAGUGAGUUCGCCGUGUUUGGCUGAAGCUGAAGCUAGAUUUCAAAUUUCUGUAGAAGGUGUAAUUGAUGUUAAAGAUUGACUACUAUCAAUCUAUUUUACCCUCCUUGUAAUUUUCACUAUUCUUUUUUUUUUUGGACAUUUACUCAUAAAACGUGUUUCUUUUUUCUUUUUUCUUAAUUUUUUUUUGUGGGGGAAAAACAGUAGAAAUCGUGUAAGAAUUUCAGCAACUUAAAAAA